AUGGAUGAGGAACAGAAGAAGACCAAGGAGAUUUGGCAGCUGAAAGCAGCCUUGAAGGAGGAGAAGGCGAGGAUGGAGAGAGAGAGGGGGAAGCUGCAGGCAGAGAGGGAGGAGAUGGAGAAAGAAGCAAAGGAGAUAGAGGAGGAGAGGAGGAGGGUUGCGGAUGAGUUGGCUCGGGUGGAAGGGGAGAAGGCUGGGGUUGAGGCGGCGAGGAGGCAGGUGGAGGAGAGGCGAAGGCGGAACGAGGAGGAGAGGGAGAGAGCGAGGGAGAAGGGGCUACAACGCGAGGUUGAGAAGGUGAGAGGAGGGGAUGGGGGGAAGGUGAGAGGGCGAGGGGGGGUAAGGUACCAGCAGGAGCGCCAGCAAUACCAGCAGCAGAUGGCAGCAACUGCAGAAGAUUCCCAGAAGCUCACCUCCCGCGUGGCGCAGCUCGAAUCCUACCUGGAGGAGCUCCGUGCCAGCCUGGAAUCGUCCCAAGCUGAGCUGGAUCGGACCAAUCAGGAAGCAGAGGAGAACGAAGCCCUUGCUGCUGAGCUGGAGGAGCUUCUCGAGGCUGCCCGGAAGGAACGGGAUUCGGUCAACGUGGAAAGUUUUCAGCAGCUGACCGAGGAGCUGGCAGAGGCUCAGACGAGAAUGGUGGAGGAGGGGCGGCAGCAGCAGGAGCGGGCGGCACAGCUGGCGGAGAUGAUGCAGAAGAUGCCGAAAAUCAAGGCUGAGCUGGCAGCCACACGGAUGGAGCUGCGCCGGGAGCAAAACACGCGGGCAGCUGAGGUGGCGUCCCUUUCAGCGGCAUUGGUCUCUGCAAAAGAGGAAGCUAAGGCUUUAAGAGAAGCAGCGGUGGGGGCAGAGGCGAGGGUAAGAGAGGAGCUGAAGCAAGCUGAAGAUGCGUACAAGGCUGGGGUGACAGGAGCACGGGAGCGCAUGACAACCAAGAACAUUGUUCAAAUGGGGAAGGCCCGACUGACAGCUCUGCAGCAACAGGUGCAAACGCUGAGAGAAACUCUCAAAGAGAAGACAGAGGAGCUUCAGCAUGCACGUGCUCAACCAAAGUAG